UUGCUAAACAUAUUUAGAUGGAAAUUACAUACAUUAAGUGAUUUUCAUUUAGUCUGAGAGCUUAGUGUGAAAUGUUGAUUGAUCUAAUUUAGUGCCCAACGCAUAAACUCGCCUUUAAAAGUUUUUUGUUUUUGUUUUUAUAGACACAACUACAUAUUUAUUGAAUGUAAAUGUUGUAAUAUAGGCUAUAUGUCCAUAUGUAUUCUUCUCAAGUUGUAUUCUUGUUCUGAUUCACUCGUUGUCAUGUAUCGGCAGCACAGUAUGAAUUUAAAUGUCUCCACACAGUCCCAUUUCACCCUUUAUGCUGCGCGCGCACUCUCCAACUUUCAAAAGUUCUGCUAUUAAAACGAGUGUUUUAUAUGCAUGUGUGUCACAACCACGCCUACAUAACAUUCGAACAUUUAACCCAUAUUCUCAUGCGGUUUGUAUUUCGUUUGCGGGAGUCCUGAGGGAGAAGGAACUUUCCAGUCAGCCUCUCGCGCAUCCCAUUGCAUUCAGAGUCAGAGCGCGGGAAGAGUUCCCGCCUCUAAUGAACGCGAUUCAGCGAACAUCAAUAAGCGCUGCAUUCAUGAAAGAGGAGCCUCUGGCUGGUCUGGGGUCAGUUCGCCCCUGGCUGCAGUCAACUGGACUGGUAGAUGCCAAUGUUUCUGCUCAAAGGGGUGUAGGUCUCGUCCGGGCUCACUUUGAGAAACAACCGCCUGCCAACCUGCGCAAGUCAAACUUCUUUCACUUUGUCUUGGCGCUGUAUGACAGUGAGGGUCAGUCUGUGGAAAUAGAGUGCACUGCGUUUGUGGGCUUUGUAGAAAAGGAGACGGAGCCAGUAAAUGAAAAAACAAACAAUGGAAUCCAUUACAAACUCCAGUUACUGUACAACAAUGGUGUCAGAACAGAGCAAGAUCUGUACAUUCGUUUGAUAGACUCUGUGACCAAACAGGCAAUUGUGUUUGAAGGUCAAGAUAAAAAUCCUGAAAUGUGCCGUGUUCUUCUUACACAUGAGACAAUGUGCAGUCGAUGCUGUGAUAAGAAAAGUUGUGGAAACAGAAGUGAGACGCCAUCAGACCCUGUUAUUAUUGACAGGUUCUUCCUGAAAUUUUUUCUUAAAUGUAAUCAAAAUUGCCUGAAGAACGCAGGGAACCCACGAGACACACGUCGUUUCCAGGUACUGGUCUCUGCCACAGCCUCCGUUAAGGGCCAUCUUCUAGCCAUUUCUGAUAACAUGUUUGUCCAUAACAAUUCAAAGCAUGGCAGAAGAACAAGACAACUGGAUUUGAUUGAAGCUGAAGUCCCCUGCAUUAAGGCAAUCAGUCCGAGUCAGGGUUGGACGGCAGGUGGAGCAUCAGUAAUUGUUAUUGGAGAUCAGUUCUUCGACGGCCUGCAGGUGGUUUUCGGGACAAUGGUGGUCUGGAGUGAGGUGAUCACACCACAUGCCAUUCGUGUGAAGACUCCACCUCGUCACAUUCCUGGUGUUGUAGAAGUCACACUGUCCUACAAAUCUAAACAAUUCUGCAGGGGAGCUCCAGGACGCUUCGUUUACACUGCAUUAAACGAGCCAACUAUUGACUAUGGGUUCCAGCGGCUGCAAAAAGUAAUUCCUUGUCAUGCAGGUGACUUGGACAGGCUUCCAAAGGAGGUAUUGCUGCAGAGAGCUGCUGACCUCAUAGAGAUGUUUUAUGGAACGCCUCAUAACAAGGAGAUAAUUCUAAAGCGUGCAUCUGACAUAGCAGAGGCCCUCCACGGCAUCCCUCGAAACACAAACCCAUCCCAAUCAAACUCACACGGUAUAAUGGAGGUUCACUUCUUUGAUGGACAGUUACCAGUGAACAGUGAGGUUUCACAGGAAGUAGAACGAGGAAGCACAUCUCAACAGUUUGACUUCAACAAUGGCAACAUCAUCAUGAAUGGACACACAAGCACUCGCUCGUCCAUGCACGAGCACACACAACCAUGUGCACGUCGCUCCAUGCCGAACUUUUCCCUGGCUGCCACACAGGGGUUCUUAGACAGUUCCACAUCCGACAUGCAACACUAUAUCGUGAAGCAAAAAAGUGCAUUCGCUCCUGUUCUGAAGCUGCAGUCCUCUCCAACACAAGUUACAACCAUUCCCCUCCAUACGCCUUGCAUGGACUAAUGACACCAUUUUGUCACCUUCGUACUCUCCCACACAUGGACAAACUCCAUUCAGAACCUCUGUAUCUUGCUCUGUAUGUUCAGGGAAUGAUGGCAACUAUUUAGCAAGCAACACAAAAACAAGGAAAUAUAUCAUACAUAUAUAAUGUUUGGCAUAAUCUUUCCUAAAUUAAUGUCAUACAGAGCUAAGAAUCCAGUUAUGUGUCUUAGUGUUUUACUAUGAUAAUGCAUUAUUAUGUAAUUAUUUAUAUUUGUGUAUUUAUUUAUUUAUUUUGUACUGUGUCUCAAUUAUGUGCACUUCUCUGUAAUUGGUGUAUAUUGUCAUUCUUGCCCUUGAGGGAAAUUACAGACGUAAUUCUUAACUUAUUGGUGCGCGUUUUCACCAAUGCGUGAGUGGAUACUUUUGCAUUAAUUAAAUCUGCUGUUAUAAGCUCAGUUUUUGUCUGUGUCACAUAGCUGAAAUGUAGAACUCCUGUGUCAUACAUUAAAACUGGCAGGUCAUGUUGUAUUUUGUGUUUGUCUGAUGAAACUACACUACCGUUCAAAAUUUUGGGGUCACUUGACUGAAAUGUUUCUCAUGAUCUUAGAAAUCUUUUGAUCUGAAGGCGUAUGCUUAAAUGUUUGAAAUUAGUUUUGUAGACAAAAAUAUAAUUGUGCCACCAUAUUAAUUUAUUUAAUUACAAAACUAAAAUUUUAUAAAAAAAAAAAAAAGUAAAAUAAAAAAGUUUUUGAA